GUCACCAUAUAAAAAUCCCGCAGUGGUCCGCUGACAUAUCACCGAGCAUCAGCCCGAAAAGAGACGCCGAAGCCACCACCGCGUGGAUCUAGAACAUUGCCAGUUUCGACGCUGCCGAUUAAUCCCCCCAUCAUUGAUCCCCACCCAGCAUGAAGGAGAGACGCCUCCCGCAGCCCUUUGUAGCGCGCUGCAAAUUGGUGCUGGUUGGAGAUGUCCAAUGCGGUAAAACGGCCAUGCUUCAGGUCCUGGCUAAGGACUGCUACCCAGAGACGUACGUCCCGACUGUGUUUGAGAACUACACAGCCUCUAUGGAGCUUGAUGGCCAGCGUGUUGAGCUCAGUCUUUGGGACACAUCAGGUUCCCCGUACUACAACAACGUUAGGCCCCUCUGCUACAGCGACUCUGAUGCAGUGCUGUUAUGCUUUGACAUCAGCAGACCAGACAGCGUAGACAGCGCGCUGAAGAAGUGGAAAGCGGAGAUCCAGGACUUUUGUCCUUGUACUCGGAUCCUGCUAAUAGGCUGCAAGACGGACCUGCGCACAGAUGUGUGCACACGCAUGGAGCUGUCCAAUCAGAAACAGACGCCCAUCUCCCACGAGCAGGGUUGUUCCUGGGCCAAGCAGCUCGGCGCCGAAGCGUACCUGGAGUGCUCAGCUUUCACGUCAGAGAAGAGCAUCCACAGCGUUUUCCGUGCGGCCGCCUUGGCCUGCAUGAACAAACUCCAACCGGCCGACAAGCCCAGCCCAGUUCGCCGUCUCUCCAAGAGACUCCUCCACCUGCCCAGUAAGACGGAGAUUAUCUCCUCCACUUUCAACAAGGAGAAGUCAAAGAGCUGCACCAUCAUGUGAACACACAGUGGUUGCACAUGAGGACAAGUGACCUGCUGACGGUUCAUCACAGUGAUGUGGGUUUCUAAAUAGAAUAGACACUCCACCCCAAAUCCCCCCCUGUCACUUGUCCUAAUAUACACUGACCAUUUGCCGCCGAGACAGAUCAACAAGCUCCAAUCCUUGCAAGGUUGCUGUAAGGGAGGUCAUGCAAGAUCUAAGUGGCGAGGGUGAUUGCUGCAUCACCUUAAUUAUCCCCCAUUUGGAAUUCUAAUAGCAGCGCCAUAACAAUCCAUCUGUCUGGAAGGCAACGAUAGCAACACAUUCGGUACACCUGCACAAUCUAGUGAAGAUGGAGCAAAAACGAGAGAGCUUGAUUCAUCUUGGUAAGCUUAGCUCUCUGCCAACCAAUCACAGCUCACCAGUUUUCUGAAGCUGAGCCGUGAUUGGUUGUGACAUGGGAUCUGGCAACUGUGAUGUCAUUUUCAGUC